AGCAUUUCCCAGCCCGAGCGGGUCGCGGCGACGAGAAGACGAAACUGCCCCGUGCGCCGCCAACAUCUCCCCUCUCCGGCUACCGCCGCCACCGCGCCGCCGCGCUCCUCGCUCCUCGCUCCAGGGCUUCCGGCCAUGGCCGGCGGCGACGGCGAUCGCGCCCGCGCGCCGAAGCGGCACAAGUCCUCGGCGCCGUCGAGGUCGAUUGACGAGACCGCCGAACUGGACUACACCGAUGACGUCGAUGACGACGUCCGCGAUGCCGAUAGGGAGGUGAAGAAGAGGGACUUCACCAAGCUAGAGCUGAAGCCGGAUCACGCGAACAGGCCGCUCUGGGCCUGCGCCGAUGGCCGCAUCUUCCUGGAGACGUUUUCGCCCCUAUACAAACAAGCCUACGAUUUCUUGAUCGCUAUUGCGGAGCCUGUUUGCAGGCCAGAAUCCAUGCACGAGUACAAUCUAACACCCCACUCACUAUAUGCUGCGGUCUCAGUUGGGCUUGAGACUAGCACUAUAAUCAGUGUCAUGAGCAAGCUCUCCAAGACUAAACUGCCUCGUGAAAUAAUUGAUUUUAUCCAUGCAUCAACUGCCAAUUAUGGUAAAGUGAAGCUUGUUCUGAAGAAGAAUCGAUAUUUUGUGGAGUCUCCAUUCCCUGAGGUUUUGAAGACGCUUCUGAAAGAUGAUAUCAUUUGCAGAGCACGGAUAUCUCCUGAGGAUUCCGUUGGGGCACCUUCAUUUACUAUUAGCAAAACAGCUGGUGAAAUGGCUAGUGGCCAUGAGGACUUAUUAGAUGGAAUGGAACUGGCUGCUGCAACUGAAGACAAGGAAACACAUUCUUUUGAAAUUGAUCCUUCUCAGGUUGAGAAUGUGAAGCAGCGUUGCUUGCCAAAUGCACUGAACUUCCCCAUGCUGGAGGAGUACGAUUUUAGAAACGACACAGUGAAUCCAGAUUUGGAGAUGGAAUUAAAGCCCCAGGCACGCCCAAGGCCAUAUCAAGAAAAGAGCCUCAGCAAGAUGUUUGGGAAUGGCAGAGCAAGGUCAGGCAUUAUUGUGUUACCUUGUGGUGCUGGCAAGUCCUUGGUUGGUGUAUCUGCUGCAUGUCGUAUCAAGAAGAGUUGUCUAUGUUUGGCCACAAAUGCUGUAUCAGUUGAUCAAUGGGCAUUUCAGUUCAAGCUUUGGUCAACUAUAAAAGAUGAACAUAUCAGCCGUUUUACAUCAGAUAACAAGGAGAAAUUCCGUGGAAUGGCCGGUGUAGUUGUGACUACAUAUAACAUGGUUGCAUUUGGAGGUAAACGGUCUGAAGACUCUGAGAAGAUAAUUGAAGAAAUUCGAAAUAGGGAGUGGGGCUUGCUCCUAAUGGAUGAGGUCCAUGUUGUUCCUGCACAUAUGUUCAGAAAGGUCAUCAGCAUUACAAAAUCUCACUGCAAGCUUGGUCUUACUGCUACACUUGUGAGAGAGGAUGAACGCAUCACUGAUUUAAAUUUUCUUAUUGGACCAAAGCUGUAUGAAGCAAACUGGUUGGAUUUAGUGAAAGGUGGAUUUAUUGCAAAUGUGCAGUGUGCCGAAGUUUGGUGUCCCAUGACCAAAGAGUUCUUUGCUGAGUAUUUGAAAAAAGAAAAUUCAAAGAAGAAGCAGGUCCUCUAUGCGAUGAACCCAAACAAAUUCAGAGCUUGCGAGUUUCUAAUUCGAUUCCAUGAGCAACAACGUGGGGACAAGAUAAUUGUGUUUGCCGAUAAUCUAUUUGCACUAACUAGCUACGCAAUGAAGCUCCGUAAACCAAUGAUUUAUGGUUCCACAAGCCAUGUUGAGAGGACGAGAAUUCUGCAUCAAUUCAAGAACAGCUCAGAUGUGAAUACAAUUUUCCUUUCAAAGGUGGGUGAUAACUCGAUUGAUAUUCCAGAAGCAAAUGUGAUCAUACAAAUUUCAUCUCAUGCUGGUUCACGGCGUCAAGAAGCUCAACGGUUGGGACGUAUUCUCAGGGCAAAGGGUAAGCAUCAAGACAGGAUGGCUGGUGGAAAAGAAGAAUACAAUGCGUUCUUCUACUCUCUUGUAUCGACUGACACUCAGGAGAUGUACUACUCAACUAAAAGGCAACAAUUUCUUAUUGACCAGGGAUAUAGCUUCAAGGUGAUCACCAGCUUGCCGCCACCUGAAGAAUUACCUAACCUGAAAUAUUACACACUUAAUGAUCAGCUUGAACUUUUGGCACAAUUGCUGAGUGCAAGGGAUGACAUGAUUGGCAUUGAGCACUUGGAAGAGGAUUCUGAUGGCAAGGCUCUUAUGAAAGCACGGCGAUCUGCUGGAUCAAUGAGUGCCUUUUCUGGAUCGGGGGGAAUGGUCUACAUGGAGUACAGCACUGGUAAGGGGAAGGCUGGAGCUUCCAAGAAACCGAAGGACCCUUCAAAGAGGCAUUACCUGUUUAAGAAGCGUUAUCAAUGAUCUUGAUAACCGGCGUUGUUUCCUUCCUUUGCCUAUCUCAUCUGCAAAAAUACUGAAUACGAGUUAUGGUUAAGGAAUUCCAAUGAUUAACGUGGAGUGGGGGAGGUUCCCAUUAGCGCAUCGACCAGCAUUUUUGUUAACUUGCCGAGAUAUUUGCAUCAACAUCCAACGGCAAUAAGCACUUAUUUGGUCGCACGCCCUUGUGUUUGCUAAUGAGAAAAAACUUGGCAUUUGCCUUGGUCCUGAAGAUGUAAAUACUGUUGAUGCAAAUACUUCUGUAAGGCUUAUAUGACAUCUAGUUAUUUUCCGGACGUGAACGCAUCA